AUGGAAGAAGAUGAAUUGGAAGCCUCAUCUCUUCCUCUAAAAACUUGGCAUUCUGAGGUUACAGUGUCGGUGACAGGCGAACCACCCAGUGCUGUGGAAGAAGAUGAAGAAGACACAACUAAUAAAGUAGAAGUCAUCCCAGAAGUCAUUGAGCCACUUCCCCUUCUUGAUGUGCUGAGGAUCUCUGCAGUUCUGGAGGACACCAUGGACCAGCUCUCUAUUCUAAACUAUAUCAUGCCACUUCAAUUUGAGCGAAAACAAAGCACCAGCUUACAAAGUAAUAACCAAGAGAAACCUCCAAUGGUCUCAAAUACAUGGGGAGUAGCUGCUACUCCAUUGUCAGCUAAAGAAAAAACAACAGUACCAGAAGUCAGAGAAGGAGGCCUGGAGGCUAACAAAAUUCAGGAUCUUAUCUUUGUAAAACCUACAAGGCAGACCAUAAUGACUGCGGAGACACUGAAGAAAAUUCAGAUGGAUAG